AUGGUGAAUGAGACUAAAAAGGGAGACGUUUAUUUCCUUUCUCAUGGUGGUCCACCAACAAUCGAACAAAUUCAUUCGGAACCAUAUAAAGCAUGGCAGGAAUUCGGUCAUUUGAUCAACUCAAAUCCACCAAAAGGUAUAGUGGUAGUAUCUGCUCACUGGGAGAACCAACUUGGAUUGAAAGGUUCAGAUAGUGUUUUAGUCAAUUCGGAUUCAUCAAAUCCGUUGAUAUACGAUUUCUACAAUUUUCCAAAAAGGCUAUACGAACUGAAAUUCAAAUCCUCUUUCACGAGUGAAUUGGAAUACAGUGUAAUAUCCGCUCUGAAAGAAGGUGGGAUUCCAUUCGAUAGGGGAGAUAGGGGUCUUGAUCAUGGUGUAUGGAUCCCUUUUAAAGCUGCUUUUGGAGAAUCAAGUACCAUUCCGAUAAUUCAAGUUUCAUUACCUUCCUCAUCAGAUCCUGAAUCAUCUAUUAAACUUGGACAAGCACUUUCAAGGAUUCGUCAAGAUGGUUAUAGUGUGGUUACUACUGGUCAAGCUGUUCAUAAUUUACGUGAUUUGUUUUCAGGACGUAAAAUGUCUUAUACAAGACCAUUCUUGAAUGAAUUGACUAAUGCGAUUACCUCUUCUGAUCCUAAAUCAUCCACAGUACGAUUAUUGGAAUCACCAUUGUACAAAUCAGCUCAUCCUACAGAUGAACAUUUCUUCCCUCUCUUCGUAGCUCUAGGCGCGUUAAAUCAGGAAGAUGUUAAAAACAAAGAAGACUUGUUUGUGGGAGUAGUUGAUAUCAAUGGAGAUAGAGUGGAAGAUGAAGGUCUAGGAUGGGCAAUGUGGAGAUGGAGUAGUUGA